AAAAAAUUUGGAAUUUUACAUUUGACGUGAUCGUAUAUUAAACCUAAUACCAAAACAUGUAAUCGUAUAUUUGAUGUAAAAUUAUGUUUAUUUUGACGUAAACUGAUGAAAUUCUCGUUGGAAUACCAUAACCUCAUGCGAAACCUAAAAUUACAUUACUUAUAACCCAACUUCACGUUUUAUUUGAUGCACAUAACUGGAGCAUCAAAUUUGAUGUAAUUUUACAUCAAACGAAACCUAAUUUCACGAGCUUUAGCCGUUACACUUUUGUCUGAGUGGCGAAACGUCAAAACGUUCGCCAUGUUUGACGCCGCAAAAAAUAUUGUUGCAUCAGCGUUUUUCGUCAAGAUUAUCUUAAUUUUUGUUUUCUUUACUGGCCUGGACCUGCUUUCGGCACUCAAAUCUACGAGAAAGGUUGCCGAAAUCAUCGAGCUCAAAGAAAAAAUCGGCGAUGUUCCAGUUCCAGUUCUGUCCACUGAAGAGGAUUUUCCCGGAUUGGACCAAAACCGUAGUGCCCAAGAAGCGAGUUCCUUCAAGCAUGGCAACAUCUCCAGUUGUGUGGCCAAAACACUCCAAACGGCAUGCCGGAAAAUUUGUAAUGGAACAAAGCCAUAGAUGAAUUUUCAGUGAAAAUGCAAGGAAGAAAAAUAAGACGAUUUGUGACUGUGAGUGAAAUUGUGUGAUGAAUUGAAAUGUGUUGCAAUAAAACCAUAAACAUCAGAUAAACAAACGUUUCUUUUUAUCCAACAAGAUUCCUAUUAGAAUCAUUCUCCACCAAACA